CCCGAUCGGCGGCUGCGGCGGCGGCCAAGCCCGGGAGGCGGAGGCGGGACGCGGGAAGCAGUGGCGGCGGUGCGCGGAGACGUAGCAGCGGCAGCAUGUCGGCCGGUGGAGCGGCAGUCCCGCCGCCCCCGAACCCCGCCGUGUCCUUCCCGGCGCCCCGGGUCACCCUGCCCGCUGGCCCGGACAUCCUGCGGACCUACUCUGGAGCUUUCGUCUGCCUGGAGAUUGUACUCGGGGGCCUGGUCUGGAUUUUGGUGGCUUCCUCCAAUGUUCCACUACCUCUGCUACAAGGAUGGGUCAUGUUUGUGUCUGUCACAGCUUUCUUCUUUUCCCUUCUCUUCCUGGGCUUGUUUCUCUCGGGUAUGGUGACUCAGAUUAAUGCCAACUGGAACUUCCUGGAUUUUGCCUACCAUUUUGUAGUGUUUGUCUUCUACUUUGGAGCCUUUUUAUUGGAAGCGGCAGCCACCUCCCUGCAUGACCUGCAAUGCAAUACAACCCUGACCGUGCAGCCCCUGCUGAACAAUAACCAGUACAACAUCAACGUGGCAGCCACAGUAAGUGCUCCCUUAGGAAAUCACUGUCCUUCAUGGUCAAGCAUCCAAGAGACUCCUCAGACAGCAGUGGUCUUUUUUUUUUUCUUUUAUAAGAUUUAUUUAUUAUGUAUACAAUGUCCUGCCUGCAUAUGUGCCUGCCUGCCAGGAGAGGGCACCAGAUCUCCUUAUAGAUGGUUAUGAGCCACUAUGUGGCUG